AGUGUUGGUGGUUAGUAGGUGGUUAGGCCGUGUUGUAGUGGGGUAUUUGGCUGGAGUUGGAUGUUGGGUUUUCGCCUUUCUUUUAUGUGGUUUUGUCUAAAAAGAAAACCCCCAAAUUCAGGACGGCUCUCAGAAUAUUGUAAGGAGAGGGUCAGAGGGUCGUGUAUGAAGGACGAACGAGCAUAAAAGAGUAGACUUGAGAAGAGAAGAAAGCUUAUAUACCUACCCCCCUGCGUUCUUGCAAUAGCCGGCCUCCGUCGUCCGUAUGCGUGUAUCUACGUCCCUAGUGCGCGCCCCCACUAGGUAAACCCGGUGUGAUCUCGGGUGAAGCUCCGCAGAGAGAGAGAGAGAGAGAGAGAGAGAGAGAGAGAGAGAAAGUGAGCGGAUGGCGCCGCCGUGCCGCGUCUUCCCGGCCUCGCAGCUCGAGUCCGAGAUCCAGGUGGACAGCGGCUGCGCGCGCAAGGGCGGCCCCGUCGACCUGGCCGCCUGCGAGCUCUUCUCCCUCCUGCAGUACGAGUGCCAGAUCGACCGCCCCGAGAUCGCCGAGAGCCCCGUGCGGUGCUGGCCGGUGCAGCGGUGGUUUCGCCGAUGUCGCGAUAAGAAGGGCGCUUUUAUGGUCGAGACGACGGCGUGGGAAGCGAGUCACAAGAAUGGAUGACUCGGAAGCUGGCCGAUCGAUGGUGGGGGAGGGGAAACUGGAGAGUGGGCGAAGGAGGAGAAAUGGAGAGAGGGAGAGGGGGGGGGGGCUUGAUAAUGGCCCAUCCAUAACCAUCAAAAAUGCUCAAGUCAGAAGAGAGGACAGAGAAAAAGAAUAAACUAGCACAUGGUUUUGUAUAAGCAUUGACAGGUAAAUAUAUACUGUAGAAAAUAAAAAUAAAAAGAAAUAAGAGGCAUUGAGACAAGAAAUGAAUCAA